AUGGGCGAAGACCUCGACAAAAUCCUAUCUCACAAGCUUGUCUUCGCCGUUAACGACCCCUUAAACACUACGGUCAUCGACAGCACUGGAAAGCCGCUGUACAUGAUCACGACCCCGUACAAGUUCCUCCGGAAACGGACAACGACCAUCCUAGGCUCCGAGGGGCAGACCGUCGCCGUCGUCGAGCGCAAGUGGGGCAUGGGCGCAGACCAGGUGACGUUCUUCGGCGACACCGUCCCCGCGUCAGAGUGGCUGCAGAACAAGGACUUUUCCAACGCGAGGCAGUUCGAGGCACCCAAUGGACGGAUCUACGUGUGGAAGACGCGUUCGUCAGUCAAUGACUUGAAGUUGAUCGACCACACGACGAAGGAGACGGUGGUGAAAGUCACCCAUACGGCCGCCUUGCGGACCUCCAAGCAGCGGCUCAGCAUGAGCGUGCAUCCCAAGGUCGUGCAUUUGCUCGAUGCAGUCAUCUUGUCGUUCGUCAUGUGCGAGGAGGAGAGGCGGCAACGGGGAGAUGUGGCAUGA